UUAUUCGCCUGAAUUAAAUGAGUGGGUUUCUGAUAGGAUUUACUUUUUGGUGAAUACCAAUUGGAAUUUAGCUUCAUUUCAGGGAGCACAUUAUACUGUCAGUCGAUAUUGAACCUUAAUUGUACCGCAUGUGCUGCUUCAGCUGAGUGUGGGCCGUGCUUGUCGCGGUCAAUCGGUGUCGGAUUUGUUCCUCGUGUUGUGAUGGCUCUCGGAAGUGAAGUGAAUGAUGAGAAUUCUACAAAAAAUACUUCUCUAAAAGUGAAAAACGGUUCGGCUAGCAACAAUGUGAAGGACAAGAGUGGUAGCGAGAAUGUUAUCAAAGCCGACAAGGUGGAGGUCACAAAGAUGAAAAAGAACAUAUCGGUGAAGACGGCAGGCAGCAACGGGCACGCGCGCACGCCCAACGGGCGUGCCGACGACGAGGGCGGUGGUAGCGCGCGCGUGUCCUACGCGGCUGCCGCGCGCAAGCCUACCUCCCCCGGUACCAACCCGGCACCGUUCCCUAUGCCCACAGAAACCACACAAAAAUCAAAAAGCAAUAACGAAAAGACACAAACGAAUUCCAAUAAAUCCAAUUCAAACCUUAACGGGGCAGAACGGAUAUUUAGCGACAGCAGUGAUCUUAAAGACGAGAAGUCACACACCAAAGAGCAAAUUGUAAAUGGAACAAAUAAAUCGCACGAGACCAUUGUUAAUGGCGACGCUAAAAAAGAAAAUUCAGAUUGUGAUAUUAGUAGUAGUAGUGAUAAUGGUAAAGUAGUUUCUAAUGGAAUUAACAGUGAUUCAGACGAUUCGAAGUCCAGCAAGUCUGACGAGGGUCAUGAUGUCGUAUUACCGAAGGUUUGUCCGAAGAAAAACUCUGAAAGUAGGGUAUCUGAUAAGAAAAAAGAGAGCAAAAAGACUAAGGCGGCAGCUGAUAAGAGUAAUGAGUCUGAAAAGAAAGUGACUGUUAUCGUAACGGAUAAGAAAGAAGAAGAUUCAAAGGCAUCAGAUGCCACAGAAAAAGUUAACGGUGAAUGUAAUAAAGUCGUUAAUGGAGAUAAAGAUAGGGAGUCGACGCCCAGUGAAGAUGGCGAUGACAAAAAGAGAGAUGCUGAGGUUGUUUUCAUUCAAGAUAUGGGAUUCACUGUUAAAAUUGUUAGCCCUGGAGCGGAACCAUUAGAUAUUCAGGUAUUGAGCAUGGAGCUCGUGCAAGAAAUCCAUCAGGUGUUGAUGGAUCGGGAAGACACCUGUCACAGAACCUGUUUCUCUCUGCAACUCGACGGCGUCACCCUAGAUAACUUCGCGGAAUUGAAAAAUAUUGAAGGAUUAAAGGAAGGAUCAGUUAUCAAAGUGGUAGAAGAACCGUACACGAUGCGGGAGGCUCGCAUCCACGUGCGUCACGUGCGCGACCUGCUCAAGUCGAUAGACUACACCGACGCCUAUGCCGGGCAAGAGUGUAGCUCGCUUGCCUUCCUCAAUGUUAUCACCCAGGGCGAUAUUCUAGAAAAGAAGAAGUCGCGCCCAGAGAGCGUAGAUUGCACGCCGCCCGACUACAUAAUGCCAGGCAGCACAGAGCGGCCAUUAUUGCCCUUGCAUCCGGGGCUGACCAAGGAGAACAAAGCUCCCCAAUGUUUGAAGGUGCUGACGACCUCGGGCUGGAACCCGCCGCCGGGCCCACGCAAGAUGUGCGGCGACCUGCUGUACCUACACGUCGUCACUCUCGAGGACCGCCACUUCCAUAUCACGGCGUGCCCUCGCGGAUUCUACCUCAAUCAGUCCACCGAAGAAGUGUUCAACCCCCGCCCCUCCACCCCGUCCCUGCUGUGCCACUCCCUCAUCGAGCUGCUGAGCAUCGUGUCUCCCGCGUUCAAGCGCAACUUCGCUCUGGUCCAGAAGAAGCGCAUGCAAAAACAUCCCUUCGAGAGGGUCGCGACGCCGUACCAGGUGUAUCAAUGGGCGUCGCCUAUGCUCGACCACACAGUGGACGCGAUACGCGCAGAGGACACAUUUUCGUCAAAGCUCGGCUAUGAAGAACACAUCCCGGGGCAGACGCGAGACUGGAACGAGGAGCUGCAGACCACUCGCGAGCUGCCUCGCGGCACCUUGCCCGAGCGGCUACUCCGCGAGAGGGCUAUUUUUAAGGUUCACAGCGACUUCGUGGCGGCAGCGACGCGCGGCGCCAUGGCGGUCGUGGACGGGAACGUGAUGGCCAUCAACCCCGGCGAGGAGCCCAAAAUGCAGAUGUUCAUUUGGAACAACAUUUUCUUCUCGCUGGGCUUCGAUGUGCGCGAUCACUAUAAGGACUUGGGGGGAGAUGCGGCUGCCUUCGUCGCGCCGCGCAACGACCUCCAAGGAGUCCGCGUAUACAGCGCUGUGGACACCCCCGGGCUGCACACGCUCGGCACCGUCGUGGUGGACUACCGCGGCUACCGCGUCACCGCGCAGUCCAUCAUCCCCGGCAUCCUCGAGAAGGAGCAGGAGCAGAGCGUCGUCUACGGCAGCAUUGACUUCGGCACCACCGUGCUCUCGCACCCCAAGUACAUGGAGCUGCUCAGCAAAGCCGGUCAACAGCUGAAGAUAAUGCCGCACUCUGUAACCAGCGCCAACGGCGAGACCGUCGAACUGUGCUCGAGCGUGGAGUGCAAGGGAAUCAUCGGCAACGACGGCCGCCACUACAUCCUCGACCUGCUGCGCACCUUCCCGCCCGACGUCAACUUCUUACAGCUGGAAGACGACGAGCUGAGAGAAGACAUCAAAGCAAUGGGCUUCCCUAUUAUCCACAAGCACAAGUUGUGUUGCCUUAGGCAGGAAUUAGUCGAUAGUUUCGUUGAGGCCCGUUACUUCAUGUUCAUCCGCUACGCAGCGUUCCACCUCCAGCAGCUCAGCGCCAAGCGCCAGCGCGACUCUGGCGACGCCAAACCAAUCGAAGCCGGCAAAGAGCCAGAGGACAAAGAACCGGCCAAGGAAACCAAAGAGCCAGAGAGUAAACGCGACAAGAAGAGCCAGGAGAAAGAAGCCAAAGAUAAGAAAAAGGAUAAAAAGGAAAAGGAAAGUGCCAAAAAAGAAGAGGUUAAGGUUGAAAAAGACGGUGAAAAACCCAAGGAGGAUGAUUUAUUAUUGAAUGAGAAUUACUCGGAUAUCGACACCGAUGUCGCUAAGAAGAUUGUAGAAAGCAUCACAGAUUCUAUCUGCGGCGACAAGGACAAGGAAGAGAGCGAUACAGGCGGACGCUCCCGUGCGGUAGUGGCGGCAGCAGCUCGCGCCGUAUCCUCGCUGAAGGAGUCCGAGUUCGACGUGCGCUUCAACCCCGACGUGUACUCGGCCGGCAUCCGCCACGCCGCGCCGCCCGGCUCGCUGGCGCGCCAGCGACACCUAGUCAAGGAGGCCGCCGCCUUCCUGCUCACUACACAGAUACCCGCCUUUGUCCGCGAAUGCUUGGAGCAGCAGGCGGCGCCCAUGGACGGGUCGGGGCUGGCGGAGGCGCUGCACGCGCGCGGCAUCAACAUGCGCUACCUGGGCCGCGUGGCCGCCGCGCUCAAGCCCGUCGCCGCCCUGCAGUACCUGCACGCCAUCGCCGUCGGCGAGCUCGUGCUGCGCGCCGCCAAGCAUCUCUACACUGCCUACCUGCAGGGUUGCGAGCCGAUGUGCAUCGGGUCCGGCGUGGCGCACUUCCUCAACUGCCUGCUGGGCCUGUGCGCCGCGCCGGGCGUGUCGGGCGCCGCCACGCUGGCGCCGGCGCGGGGCCGCGGCGGGCGCGGGCGCAGGACGCGGCGCCCCGCCCCCGCCGGCCCGCUGCCCGAGUGGCAGAACCUCACGCCUAAGGCGUUGUUCGCGCAGAUCAAGCAGGAACUUAAGGCGUAUUGGGGCUAUGAAUUGGCUGCCGAUAACAUGGAUAAUAUUAUUGAAAAGCACGGCCUACAAAAAAUAUCACUUCUCCGGUCUUUCGCAUUGAAAGUCGGACUCCAAAUUAUGCUGCGGGAAUAUGACUUCGACAGCAAGAACAAGGCCACAUUCUCCAGCGCGGACAUUAUGAAUAUCUUCCCCGUUGUCAAACAUAUCAAUCCUAGGGCAUCGGACGCCUACAAUUUCUACACAACGGGCCAAAACAAAAUCCAAGCGGGCUCCGUAUCCGAGGGCCACGAACUGAUCGCGGAAGCUCUCAACCUGCUCAACAACGUAUAUGGAGCUAUGCACGGCGAGAUCGCGCAGUGCCUGAGGAUGGUCGCGCGGCUGUGCUACGUGACGGGCGAACAUAGGGACGCGAUGGCGUACCAGCAGAAGGCCGUGCUCAUGUCUGAGAGGGUCAACGGCAUCGACCAUCCUUACACUAUUACCGAAUAUUCGCACCUGGCGCUGUACUGCUUCGCCAACGGGCAAGUGAGCACGGCGCUCAAGCUGCUGUACCGCGCGCGCUACCUCGCGCUGCUCGUCUGUGGCGAGAACCACCCGGAGAUGGCGCUGCUUGAUAGCAACAUCGCUUUAAUACUACACGCGGUCGGCGAAUACGAGCUGUCUCUCCGCUUCGUGGAGCGCGCGCUGAGCGUCACGAGCGCGGUGCACGGCGCGCGCUCGCUCAAGGCGGCCGUGGCGCGCCAUCUACUUGCGCGGACCUUAUCCUGCCUUGGCGACUUCCGUGCUGCGCUCACGCACGAGAAGGAGACCUACUCCAUAUACAAGCAGCUGCUAGGCGAGAAGCACGAGAAGACGCGCGAGUCGUCGGAGUGCCUGCGGCACCUGACGACGCAGGCGGUGGUGCUGCAGAAGCGGCUCGCGGAGGCCUACGCGCGCGCGCCGCACCAGCCGCCGCAGCACCCGCCGCUGCACAUCCAGCCGCCCGGCAUGGCCUCCGUCAUCGACAUGCUCAACCUCAUCAACGGCAUACUCUUCGUGCAGAUCAGCCCUCAAGAUAUUGAGCAGUUCAAAGCAGAAAUAGAAAAAAGACAACUAAAAGACUUACCGAUCCCGGGCCUGGCUGAGCUGAGCACCGGCAAAGAGAAAGCCGAGAAGACGGAGCUGAACGCGGGCGGAGACGCGUCCACAGAGAGUUGAAAACGCCGGCCGUAAUCCACUCCCGCUUUACGUCCAGGGCCGGGUUAUCUAUAGAGGCAAUGAAGGCAGGCAUAUUUAUGAGCUGACUAGGUUCUACAGACAACAGAGUUUAGUGGAUUGUUACCGUUAUAACGUUAACGGUUUACAAUCUACGCUUCAAAACCGAUAGCGCCGUGAGCGCCAUCUAGUUCGGGUGUCAAAGUGACAUCCAUUCAAAUAUUGUUCGAAUCAAUUCAUGUUCAUUGAUAACUCGUUAUCUGUGGCCAUAUUGAGAGAAUAACAUGAAUGGAAAUGCCUGACGCUGCUUGCAGUGCCGAUAGGCCGAUGUACACAGCAUGCGUAAUCCAGCUUGGAUCCUGCUCCCUUCGCAGGACAUCGCUUGCGUUACGUAGAAAGCAGGAAACUUGCUACAUACGCGACUAAUGGGGCUUGGCCUUAAAUGCCUGUAUGGCUUAAUCCGGCCCCGUGAACAUUUAUUAUACAUUGUUACUUUAUACUUAUUGAUUGAUGAUAUUGUUCCUUAUUAUCGAAGAAUGUAUGCCGUAGUAGGUAGCGUGCUAAGGUUUGAUGUAGAUUUUUUUAUUAGUCAAAUUUUGAUGGUAAUUAUUUCGAUCAAAUAAAUAAUUAUGCGUUAUUUUAAGUCUCGCAGAGUGCAAUAGGUUUAUGUGCAUGUGCGUACGUUGCGUAUUUCGCUCAAAUCACGUCUGAACACAAUGAUUUCGUAGGACCUAAAAUCGGCCUUCAGUUUUCUACAUUCUUAUACAAGAAAGUAGUGUAACAAUUGGUUUAAUUCUGUACACUAUGAAGAGAAGUAAUAUGCCUAAUGACAUUCGAUUCUAGUCGAGAUGAUAUCAGUAAAAAAAGCUCAAAGUAAAGGAUCUGAGAGAUAUUUGGGAUUAUUACACUAACUAAAAGGGUUCUCACUCACUAGAAACGUAUGUCCGGAAAUACAAUGAAUUUCUGGAAAAAAAUAUUAAAAAAGAGAACAAAAAUAUUUUAAUCUUUUAUGUCUCAAAGGUUUAGCCUUAUUCUCAAAUGCUUCUAAUGAUUAAUAAAAGAAAUGGAACCCAUAUUUUUUCGACAAUGAUUGAUGAGGAAGCUAUUUAUAAUGUUUAUUGAUGUAUUUAAGUGAGGAAGUUAUUUAUAUUGUUUAGUGAUGUAUUUAUUUAUGCAAAAUAUUAUUUAUAUUAAAUAAAGAUCUCUCGUUUUGGCAGUCAUGUGAACACAGUAAAAUACCUAUUUCACCUUUGUUUCACUAAGCAUAAUAUGCAUGCAUGAAUUAUUUUGAAAAGUACCGAUACCGAUUUUGAGGUCCUGCAAUCACUAUGUGGACGUAGGUUUAAUUUUAUGCUUCCGUUUCAAAUUCACAAUUUGAUCGUUAUCCGAUGUAGUGCAAUGGAAAUGUAGUGAUAAUAGCAAUAAGUUUCGGUUGUGAGCCCGGACCGCACUGCGCCUGGUGUCCGGUGUCCGGUGUCCGGCGUCUGGUGCUACCGGCGAGUCCGAAUAAACAAAUGAUUUUAUGAAUUGUUAUGUCGAGUAUUAUUUCUUUACUUAAUUAGUACGGGAGUAUAUUGUUGACAUGCCCAUAGUCGUAGAAAUUUUGUUAUAUUGUCAUUGAAAUGUAACAGGAUUUGAACAUUUCUGUAGGUUUUUAAUUACGUAAGAAAUUGAUAUUAAUCAGAUUUCUAGAUUGGAUUUUGUUUUGUAGUUAGUUGCCUGUUUGCGAUGAUCCGUGUCGUUAGUCGACCGCAACGGCGAUAGGUUUUUUCCUUCGACCAAAGUAACGAGUAUGACGAGUGACGGAAGAUUAUACGCGAGGUGGGAGCCUGGAUUGGAAAGACUUAAAUUUAACUCCGAAUUAUCUACUGAUAUAAUACACUUUGAUUGUUAGCUUACUUUCAGAUUUUAGUGUGAUUAGUGCCAUAUAUGUAGUGAGAAUAAAUCUCUUCGUAAUGUUUCUGUUAGUCUGUGAUAUAAAUGAAUUGUUUUAUCAACGAGCCACUUGCCUUGUUUAACAGUAUCUUCUUUAGGUAUUUCAACUGGUCACGUUUUUAAUUGUUGCUAUGUAAAUAAUACUAAUUUCCCAUUCUGACAAUAAUCUUCCGAUGCAUGUGAUUUCAUCUUGUGUCUAAUAAUCUAUGCAUGGCUUUUAAAUCAAACAGAAUCAAUAUUGUUACUUUUAUUUUUUAUUGCUAUGAAUUUUAUCUGAUUUUUGUCAAAACUUUUUCUGUGUAUGUGUAAACCAAUGAAACUGUCAAUUGAAAAGAUAUAUACAAAACCGAAUGAGAAGACCACACUUUAUUUUUUUGGUGAUCUUUAUAAAAGUUAAUCAAAAUUUACCUAACUACAUAAUUAUAAACGGUAUCUCAAUACCACAAUUAAUGUAAUACAAUGCAUCACAAUUAAUGUAAUAAAUAAACAGGCUUAUGAAGAUGAGAAUGAGAGAAAAGAAUGAGAAGUAAACACCAUUGCAAGUGUAACUUAACAAUCAUACCAUGUAUCCUUAAUGAUAAGCUCCUCCCAUAACUAACAAUUGAAUGUUACUUAACUUUUAAGGAAGUUGUUAGAUGAAGUAUGUGCCUAAGCAAACAAUAAUAGUUGUUGUUGUUACAUUUCUUUAACAAUAUGACGACCAUGUAAAUACGGCGCUGUUCGUAGUAUACUAAUAAAAAUCGUUUUUAA